AUGGCGGCCGUCGCCCAUCCGCAUCGACCCCAGCUGCGCCGAAACUCGCCUCUGCCCUUCUCCACCGGCAUUCAAGGCUUCGCCGCCGAUGCCCCCAUGCUCAAGCGCAUCAACAUCGACGACAGUGACUCGGACGACGAGCCUCCGCCCGCCAUCAAGUUCUCCAAGGUCACCCAGGCACUUUUGGACGAUGCGCCCGUCCCAUCAUCUCCCCCCAAGCACGAACAUGGUGCGACUCGCUUCGGUGCCUCGACAACCGCACGAUCGCGGACUACAUCUGCAGACCCCGCUCCGCCACCCGGCUCACAACGUAUCAAACGUGCGCCCAUCACCGGCUCUUUCCUGAAGAGCGGACCUAUCCAAACCGACGCGUUUGAAGACCAAGAAAAUGUACCGCCUCCGACGUUCAAGCGAAACAAAGACCAAGAGUUCAGGCACAUGGGCAAGCCGUCCAUUGCCAUACUCCCGGAUGACGACAAGCCAAAGCAGCAUGAGCAGCGCAAAGUCCUCGGCGCGAUUAGCGGCAACACUCCUCAUCGCGCUGCGCCUGCGCCGCCGCCGAAGAUGUCCGUCAUUGACACCGCCACCACGACCGCUGGCGCGAGCGUCACAAAGUCCAAGAAGAAACGCUCCCACAUUGUCAUCAACGGCAAGAUCUUCACACAGAUGGGCAAGUUUGGCUCGGGCGGCAGCAGUGAGGUGUACUGCGUCAUGGCCGAGAAUUACAACCUUUUUGCUCUCAAGAAAGUGAAGCUAAAGGACUGCGACGAGUCUGCCGUGCGAGGGUACAAGGGCGAGAUUGAUUUGCUCCGAAAGCUGACCGAAGUGGAUCGCGUGGUGAGGCUGUACGAUUGGCAGCUGAACGACGAGAAGCAGGAGCUCUACAUCUUGAUGGAGAAGGGCGACACCGACCUCAAUCGCCUCCUCACCCUGCGACUAAAUGGGGAGAAGGCGAAGUUUGACCCCGUCUUUACCCGAUACCACUGGAGGGAGAUGCUGGAGUGCGUACAAUCGGUGCACGAUGAAGACAUUGUGCACUCCGAUCUCAAGCCCGCGAAUUUCCUCUUCGUCCAAGGAAGACUGAAACUGAUCGACUUUGGCAUCGCGAAUGCAAUCGACACCGACAAUACCGUCAACGUCCAUCGUGAUACCCACGUGGGCACGCCGAACUACAUGAGCCCAGAGAGCAUCACCGACACGAAUGCCACUCCGUCCGGUAAGCACGCCGUCGACGCCAACGGACAGCACGUGAAGAAGGACAUGAGAAUCGGCAAGGCGAGCGACGUGUGGAGCAUGGGAUGCAUCCUGUACCAAAUGGCCUAUGGCAAACCCCCCUUUGCCCACAUCCCCAAUCAACUCUCGCGCAUCAUGGCCAUCACGAAUCCGAACCACCACAUCACCUUUCCCAACACCGGCGUCGGAGGCGCGCCCAUCUCCCCAGCGCUGCGCGGCUGUCUCCGACGGUGCUUGAACCGCGAUCCGGAACAGCGGCCGACGGUGAAGAUGCUUCUCAGCGAAAGCGACGCCUACAUGUACCCCGAACGCGACGGCAUGGUCAUCCUGGACGAGAAUCUGCUCGGUCAGAUUAUCGGCAAGGUGGUGGAGCGGUGCCGAGAUCCCAAACGCGGCAUCCCGAGCGAGGGCGAGAUCAAGGGCUAUCCGCGGAGCUUUAUGGAGAGGAUUUGGACGAUGCAGGAGCAGCCUUGA